UCAGUAUUUAGUUAGCUCAGAGCAGCAGACAGGUUCGGCUGCUUCGUUUUAAACCGUGAUUUGACGUGUACUAAAAUAAUUGUAUCAACAGCUAACUUAGGACACCGAAAGACGGGGUGUUUGACAUUAACGAGUCGGACUGGGAAAAGAGGAGUUUAUCAGUUCCCGUCGCUGCCAGCAGGUUUUCACCGAGACAUUUCCUCCUCCAGUCUUGAGGGGGAGGAGCCAGAAGAGACACGGUGUUUGUUUCUGUUUCCUGUCUGGGAGGAAACAGCAAACGUCUGAGAAAUGUGAAACUGAAGAAUCGGAGGAGCUGUCACUCAAAACAGGACCACACCCCCACCAUCCCCAUCAGCCAAUCAGCACGCAGUCUGAAGGACCAUCAUGCACCUGAAGUCGUAUCAGAAGAUCAUGCGCUCAGAGUUGCGUUUGGAUGCGUCCAGGGUUCAGACGUCGCAGCGGAGCAGCCCGUUUGUGAACCAGCAGGGGGCGCUGAUGAGGACCUGCAGUCGCAACAAUGCCAACAACAACAACAUCAGCCGCCUCCCGUUCAGCGUCAUCUCCACCAACACCAUGCGCUGCAGCAACGCCACCAACAACAACAACAUCAGCAGCAGCGUGGCGGGAUGCAAGAACAACGGGAUCAGAUUCUACCAAACCACCACGGAGGAAGCAGACGCCCCGCUGGACAUCCUGACCGUCAUCAAGCCUGGACACGUCCGGGAAAAGAUCGCCAUCUUCGCUUCAGACAAAGUGCAAACGGACAGCGCUGAAGGCAGUGAACGCACCUCAACCGGCGGCUCAGAGAACCAGGAGCGGACGCCUGAAGUCUGCACGAACACAGCGGUGAUGUCGGGAAUGUUGCGAGGGGUGAAGGCGAAGGGGAGCUGGGAGGAGAACUGUAACGCUAAGAGGCGCCGCAGGUCGGGGAACAACCAGAACCUCCAGCAGGACGCAAAGCCCGGAGACCAGGAGACACAGCAACACGUCCUCAGUCCAUCUCCACUGAGAGCGGUGUCAACGCUGCAUUCAGGCGGCGGCCCGUGUGCAAACGAGGCGCCGCCGGAGGACGAGGAGCAGAAGGUGUCGGUCGUGGAGAUCGUGGCGUUCAUGGAGCAGUUAGCCAGCGAGCAGCAGCCCGACUCCAAACCUCUGCUGACCCUCCAGAGGAGCUCCACCUCCAUCACGCUGUCCAGGGCUCUGCCUCCCGAGGGGUUAGAGGUCAAGGGGGAGGAGCCAGAGAGCGUCAGGGUGUCGGACAUGGUGGCCAAGCUGGAGUCAGAGUGUCUGAAGAGUAGGACGGAGGGCGAUCUGUCGAGGAGCAACAGCCUGAGAAGGGCGGUGGGAAGAGUGCUGCUCGCUGCCUCAGAUCAGAGCCCCGCCUCAGAUCAGAGCCCCUGCCCGUCAUCAUCAUCAGCGAUGACAUCAUCAUCAUCAUCAUCAUCAUCACUGCUGGGAGCUCAGAGUGAUGACAGCGAGCCAAUCAGCUGCACAGAAACACCAGCAGCUCCGCCCCCCUCAGGUGAGGUGGAGGUGGGAGAAGAAACACUGACCCCUGUCACUGUCACUCAGACAGAAGCCCUUCCCCUCUCACUCACCGAGGGGGCGGAGCCUCAGCCCGGUUUGUUGUUUUUGUCCCGCCCCCCUCUUUCCUCAGAGCCCCGCCCCCCUCUUUCUUCAGAGCCCCGCCCCCCUCGCCGCCACAGAAUGUCUUUUGACCUGGAGCUCAGCCCCCCUCCUGCUCCCUGUGACUCUGGCAGCCAAUCAGAGAAGAGGAGGAGGAGGAGGAAGGCUGACAGGCAUCAGGGGGAGGAGCCUGUUGCCGUGGUUCCUCUGGUGCGGCGCCCCUCUGCGUCGCAGGACUUCCUGUUGAUGCGUCAGCGUCUGCAGCAGCUGUUGGAGCCGCAGCCCUUCCUGGACGUCCUGCCGCACCACAUCCUGCUGAAGGUCUUCAGCCUGCUGCCCACGCAGAGCCUCACCGCGCUCAAGUGCUCCUGCAACUACUUCAGGUUCAUCAUCGAGGACUACGGCGUCCGGCCCGCCGACUCGCUCUGGGUUUCGGACCCUCGUUACCGUGACGACCCCUGCAAGCAGUGCAAGAGACGGUACGUGCGCGGCGACGUGUCGUUGUGCCGCUGGCAUCACAAGCCGUACUGCCAGGCGCUGCCGUACGGGCCCGGGCACUGGAUAUGUUGCCAUGGCGCCCGCAGGGACGCGCUGGGCUGCAACGUGGGUCUCCAUGACAACCGCUGGGUGCCGGCGUUCCACAGCAUCAACGUGCAUCAACGUGCCGAUCUACAGGAGCUGCCGUCACCACGACGACCGAGACUGAGAGUGUGUGUGUGUGUGUGUGUUGGUGUGUGUGUGUGUGUGUGAGAAACAGGUCACUGAUGCUGACAUGAACUCCAGCUCCCAUGAUGCAACAGCAGGUCAGACCUUUGGACACGUCUGUGUGCAACAAUUGAAGUGUUUAAAAAAAAAAAUAAGAACUAUUUUAAAAGGUAAGCAAACUUUAACCUUCAUGAGUUUGGAGGUCACGUCGACCUGAGUUGCUUCAUGCGGUCAGAGCGGCGCCCCCUGCUGCUCCUCCGCCUCCUCACAGCAUCCAUUAAGGUGUAGCUCUAAUUGUUUAUCUCGUUAACAGCAGCUCGUUAGUGAGGAGGGGUCUCGGUCAUGACUUCUCCUUCACUGCUGAGGUUAAAACCUGAAGAUCAGCUGAUACUUAGAGCAAGUUCAACUCGUUUCUGAUUAAUACUAAAAUCAUCGUCACUAUAUUUUCCUCAUGUCAAUAAGACUCUCCAACAGCAUCAUGAGUUCAUAUCAAUAUCAUAUCACUGAGGGUUCAUAUCAAAUCAUCACUAAGUCCUGAGGGGGUGAUGUCCAGAUGAACCCAUCACUAAGUUCUGAGGGGGUCCAGAUGAACCCAUCACUAAGUUCUGAGGGGGUCCAGAUGAACCCAUAAAUGCAAACUGCUGCUGGAGUUCAUUAAUAUGACUUGUUUCGUUUCAUCUAAAAAAAAAAAUCAGAAAUCGAUGAAAUAUCCUCAAUUUAGCCAAAGUGUGAGUGAUGUCAGAAUGUCUUGUUUUGUCCGGUUAAAAACCAAAGAUACUCAGUUUAAUAUGAUAUAAAUCAAUGAAAGCCUACAUUUAUCAAAACAGUUUUCCAUUGAAAGGAUUCUUCUGUUUUUAAUCAUUAACUUCACGUCUUUGGACAAAUCAAGACAUUUGAAGACGUCAUUUUUAAAUUAAAGUGAUUUUGAGGAGUAUUUUCGGACAUUAUUUAACGGAUAAAUGAGUGAGGGGGCGGAGCUUCAGCGGGCGCCACGUUUGGAGCGAAGAGGAAUCCACAGUUUUAUCUGCACCUUGCUUGUGUUUACAUUUGUACAUAAAGAGUUUAUUACGUCUGUUCGUGAACCAGCGGCUGAGAGAUAAUCAUCUUCAACGGGACGCUGUUCUUGUUGUUAUUAUUUUGUCGAAGGGAAAAGAGGAAACGUGGCCUUGAGUCUCGGAGACGCUGCAAUACUAGAGACUGUAGAGAUUAUAUAUAUAUAUAUAUAUAUAUAUAAAUGUGUGUAUAUACAAAAAAUAAUAUCGGGGGAGAAAGAAAACAAACGGCCUUUGACCUUCAGAGAUUUUAGUUUUUUUUAAGAUAUGUUGGUUUUCUGUCGUCUGGCUGUUUUUGUUAAAGAUGUUUUGUUUUAAUAAAGUGCUUUCUCAUUGCUCUUUGUUUGGGUUCAAA